AUGGGGCGCCCGCCCGCGUACAUUUUCGUGGUCAGGCACGGCGCACGCCUCGACGCCGCCGACAAGAAGUGGCACCUUACAUCUCCAACUCCCUACGAUCCCCCUUUGACCUACGGCGGCUGGCAACAAUCCAAGGCCCUCGGCGUCCGCAUCGCAAACAUCCUACGCCAGGCCGAGGCCGAACUGAAUGCGAAUGCCCCGAACGGCCGCGACAGCUCUACCGACGCGAAGAAGCGACGCAAGUUCAAGGUCGUCCUCCACAGCUCUCCGUUCCUACGAUGCGUCCAGACGUCUAUCGCCAUCAGCGCCGGCCUUGCCCAGGCACCUGCUCUGGGAAACCCCUCAUACCCGAUGCCUUCACCCAGUGCGAACCCUUCCUCCUCUCCCUUCGUACUCCCGGCCUCUGUGUCUGAGGAAGUCGACCCGUUGUGUACCGAUGCGGGCGACACAAAGUCUGAGCCUCCCAAGAAGAAGGUCAAAAAGUCCAUUCUCCGCCUCGACGCCUUCCUAGGCGAAUGGCUGUCGCCCGAAUACUUUGAAAUGAUUACGCCUCCCCCUGGCUCUGCCAUGAUGCUGGCAGGCGCAAAGGCGGAUCUUCUCAGGCGGGAGAACAUUAGCGUUCACGACCAGAUCGGCGAGCACCACCACCACCAUGCCAACUCUGUAGGCCAGUCGCAGAGCCAGCUAUGGAACAGCCCUAAAUUCAGGGGCGCCGAGCGAUCCGGUUCAACCGACUCAAACGCGCCGUCAGUCCUUGGUCUGGAUAACGCAUCCACCACGUCCGGCGCCCGUCCCAGGAGCAGAGCGGACAGCGCGGCCAGCUCCUCGAGCCAGCGAGUUCGCUUCAUGGUCCCCGAGCCCGGCAACCCGAACGACGGAUACGUAGCUCCGACACCCAACUAUGCCACCUCGCCGAACCUGAAGAUCCCUGACGGUUACGUGGCACAUGCAAGGGACGCUUGUGUGCAGGUUGACUACCAAUGGGACUCGAUGCGUGGCCCUCUGGACUGGGGCGAUGGAGGCAAGUACGGCGAGGAGUGGACGGCGAUGCACCAACGCUUUAGGAAGGGUGUUCAGAAGCUCGUAGACUGGUACACCACGGCCGAGCGUCCGGCCGAGAUGGUCACCAAGACGGUGAAGACCUCGCACAACGGCGACAACGAGUGCGCCAUCGACGACGAGGAUGACGACGACAUCGAGCCCGUUGUUAUCCUUGUGUCCCACGGUGCCGGCUGCAACGCUCUGAUCGGUGCCAUCACCCACCAGCCGGUGCUCAUGGACGUGGCAAUGGCCUCGUUGACCAUGGCCGUCCGGAAACCCGGCCGUGAGACAGAGCCCUCCGGCCUCGAUACGCCUCUGUCAGAGGUUGCGGACCCCUUGGCUCAGGACGGAGUGAUUCCAGUCCACCAGUACUACGAUCUCAAGUUGUUCGCGAAUACGGACCAUCUGAGGCCAAGCUCGUCCUCCACCCACAACCUCUCCAGGGCUCCGUCCACUGCCUCUAACCAGUCACAGAACGGCCAGUCGGGUGCGAGGGGUCGCGUACCGGCUGUGAACUCGACUUACACGCCGAGCCCGGUCGCUUUCAACCCCGAAUCCUUCAUCUUCCCGGGCAACCGAAGCACCUCGGCCAACGCCAGCCUCGGAAGCAUGCGCCGCACGUCUCACGCCAACGCGUACUCGCUCCCCCGGGCGCCGGCCCUCAACACCAGCGGCAUCACCGUGGGCAGUGGCGUAACAAGCUUUACAAACUCCUCGCCGACCUUAUCGGUUGGUCUGUGGUCACCCAUCACGCCAAAGGAGGAACCGACGGUUGCGGCCACUGAGGAGGAGGACGAAGACGAUGACAUCUUCCCUGACUUCGAUCACCGGAAGAAGCUCGCCGCACUCUCCAAGCAGGGCCCGGAGAUCGUCAAACCCCCGACGCCCGAGAAGAAAGAAGCGCAGUUCGGCGGUCCGACCAAGGUCCCGCUGCGGUUCCAGGAGAUCUCUCGCCCGACUUCUAGCGACGGCACAGAGGAGGAGAACACGGUGCCGCCGCUGAGCUUCGGAAACGGCGGAGGUCUCUGGGGAGCCCCGCGGCCGCUUGGCGAGACGGAGAUUAUGCGCGACAUGACGACGUCAAAGAGACGCUGGACCGUCAACGAGCGCGCUUAG